GAUCACCCACCAUGACGACCUUGCUGGAGAUCAAGAGCAGUGUGCUCAGGCAAGUGCAGGUGCGCCCGUCCUUCCGCCGGAGGACCGAGGGAGAGCCUGGGAGCACCAGCACUGACCCACAGGAGCCCACCGCGGGGGCUUGGAAACCUGGGGAUGGUGUGGAGUUCUUCGCGCAGAUGCGCCUUAUUCUGAAGAAGGGGGAAGGCAGACAGAGCCUGCCGUGCCCCGAGGUCCUCUUGUGCAGUGGUUCACCAGCCCCUGCUGAGCCUGUGGACCCCAACCGUGGCCUGAGAGCCCUAACCCAGGAGGAGGUGGAGAUGCUCUAUGAGGAAGCCCUGUACACAGUCCUUUACCGUGCAGGGACCAUGGGCCCUGACCAGGUGGAUGACCAGGAGACCCUACUGGGCUACCUGCAGCAGGUGUUUGGUACCAGCCCCGAGGAGCACGCCGAGGCCAUUGAGCGUGUGAAGAAGGCCAAGGCCCCCACAUAUGCCCUGAAAGUCUCUGUCAUGCGUGCCAAGAACCUGCUGGCCAAAGACCCCAAUGGCUUCAGUGACCCAUACUGCAUGCUGGGCAUCCUGCCGGCCUCGGGCGCCCCGCGGGAGCCGGGCCCGCACAAGGAGCAGCGUUUCAGCUUCCGCAAAGGCAGCAAGCGUGGAGGCCCACUGCCGGCCAAGUGCAUCCAGGUCACCGAGGUCAAGAGCAGCACCCUGAACCCUGUCUGGAAGGAGAACUUCCUCUUUGAGAUUGAGGAUGUCAGCACGGACCAGCUGCACCUAGACAUCUGGGACCAUGAUGAUGAUGUGUCUCUGGUGGAAGCGUGUAGGAAGCUGAAUGAAGUCAUCGGCCUGAAGGGCAUGAGCAGGUAUUUCAAACAGAUUGUCAAGUCGGCCCGUGCGAAUGGGACAGCAGGGCCCACGGAGGACCACACAGAUGACUUCCUGGGGUGCCUCAACAUACCCAUCCGGGAGGUGCCCGUGGCCGGUGAAGACCGCUGGUUCAAGCUGGAACCGCGUUCCAGUGCCUCCCGCGUGCAGGGAGACUGCCAGCUGGUCCUCAAGCUAAUCACCACACAGAGGGACACGGGCAUGAGCCAGCGCGGGCGGUCGGGCUUCCUGUCCUACAUGCUGCUGCUCAGCCGUCUGCUGCAGUUCGAGCACCGAUCGCAGGAGCCCAACUCGAGCGGCUGGCGCGGAGAGCUCAGCGGGCCCGCGGCUACCGUGCUCUGCCUGCACGGCGCGCAGAGCAACCUGUCUGCGCUGCAGCUGGCGGUGCUGCACUGGCAGGUCAGCAGCCGCCACCAUCAGACCUGCACUCUGGACUAUGGCUACCUGCUGGGGCUGCUGGAGGACAUGCAGGCCCACUGGGAGGAGGCAUCCUCCCUGCCCCAAGAGCAGGAGGAGAGCCUGGCUGACAGCUUCUGUGCCUUCUUGGAGUUUGGGCUGCAGCUGCUACGGCAGCUCCGAGACUACUUCCCAGCCACCAGCAGCACAGCCGUCCACCGCCUGGAGCUGCUGCUGAAGUGUCUCAGCAAGAUGCAGCUCUUCCAGCCGUCCUUCGAGAUCUGCCCCUUCGAGACAGAGCUGAACAUGGACAUCGCAGCGGCUCUGAAGAGAGGCAACCGUGAGUGGUACGACAGGCUCCUGAACACCAGGAGUCCUCGAGAGCAGCCGGGGCCGCUGCGCCUCGCCGGGCUGGUGGAGCUGGCUGACGCCGUCUACGAGGACCUGCAGUCCUGCUAUGGCAUCUACGCUAGCCUCUUCCACAGCAUCGUCGAGAUCGACUUCUUCACCCUCACUUUCCGGCAGCUGGAGCGUCUGGUGGCCGAGGAGGCAUGGGUGCUGACGGAGGAGCUGAGCCCCAAGAUGACCCUUGAGGUGGCCUCAGGGCUCUUCGAGCUGUACCUGACCCUGGCCGACAUCCAGAGCUUCUGGAGCAGCAUCCCCGGACGUGAGAGCCGCUCCCUUGCUCUGGCCGGCAUCCAUGCCCCCUUCCUGCCCGCCGUGAAGCUCUGGCUGCAGGUGCUACGGGACCAGGCCAGGUGGAGACUUCAGGGAGCCGUGGAUGUGGACACACUGGAGCCCAUGGAUGCCUCCUGCAAGCACAGCAGCUCCGCGGCCACUGCUAGUCUCUGCUUCAGUCUCAUCCAGGAGCUGUGGGCCCGCCUGGCGUGGCCAGACCCUGCCCAGGCCCAGGCGCUGGGCACCCAGCUCAGCCAGGACCUGUGCGAGGCCACCCUCUUCUACACUGAGCUGUUGCGAAAGAAGGUGGACGCUCAGCCCGGGGCUACAGGCGAGGCAGUGAGCGAGCCACUCUGUGUGGUCCUCAACAACGUGGAGCUCCUCCGCAAGGCUGCUGGGCAGGCGCUGCGGGGUCUGGCGUGGCCGGAGGCGACCUCAGUGCUGGAGGGGGCACUCCCGCGGCCUCUGCUCAGCUGUGCGCAGGCCCUGGACGAAGACCUGCAGCAGGAGGUCCACACCGUGACGGCGCACCUGACCUCCAAGAUGGUGGCCGACAUCAGGAAGUACGUACAGCACAUCAGCCUGUCGCCAGACUCCAUCCAGAACGACGAAGCCGUGGCCCCGCUCAUGAAGUACCUGGACGAGAAGCUGGCCCUGCUGAAUGCAUCGCUGGUGAAGGAGAACCUGAGCAGGGUGCUGGAGGCCCUCUGGGAGCUGCUCCUGCAGGCCAUCCUGCAGGCCCUCAGUGCAAACCUCGAUGUCUCCGCGGAUUUCUACGGCCGCUUCCACUUCACGCUGGAGCCUGCUGGCCUCGGCUGGUUCUGCCUUCUUGCCUUGCCCCAGGCCCUGGUCAACUUUUUCCACGCGGAGGGUCAGGGUCUGCCCCUGGAGAGCCUGAGGGACGGAAGCUACAAGAGACUGGAGGAGGAGCUGCGUCUGCACCAGUGCUCCACCCGCGAGUGCAUCGAGCAGUACUACCUGGACAAGCUCAAGCAGAGGUGCCUGGAGCAGAACCGGUUCGGGCGCCUGAGCGUCCGCUGCCACUAUGAGGCCGCUCAGCAGAGGUUGGCCGUGGAGGUGCUGCAUGCUGCGGACCUGCCCCCACUGGACGCCAACGGCCUGAGCGACCCCUUCGUGAUCGUGGAGCUGGGCCCGCCACACCUCUUCCCGCUGGUCCGCAGCCAGAGGACGCAGGUCAAGAGCCGGACGCUGCACCCCGUGUACGACGAGCUCUUCUACUUCUCCGUGUCGGCAGAGGCGUGCCGCCGCCGCAGCGCCUGCGUGCUCUUCACGGUCAUGGACCACGACUGGCUGUCCACCAACGACUUCGCGGGGGAGGCGGCCCUCGGCCUGGGCAGCAUCGGUGGCAUAGCGCGGCCCCAGGUGGGAGGGAGCGCGAGGGCCAGGCAGCCCGUGACCCUGCAUCUGCGCCGGCCCAGAGCCCAGGUGAAGUCAGCGCUGAGGAUGCUGGAAGGCCGCACCAACAAGGAGGCGCAGGAGUUUGUCAAGAGACUCAAGGAGCUGGAGAAGUGCAUGGAGGCGGACCCCUGAGCCCCUCCUGCCCCAGGCCGUCCCCAAGUCCCUGCACCAUCCUCACCCUGCCCUGCGGUCAGCUUUGUGCAACCAGGGCUCGCUCCCCCCACCCCGCCGUGUGGUGUGCAUGCUGCGGCUGGCCCUCCAGCCCCUCCUCCCUGCCCUGGCCCCGUGCGCUGUGUACUGUGAACCCCUUGCAUCCAGCACCCCCCCAACCUGGGUCUGGGGGACUACCUCGGUGGGGCCUGGCCAGCAGCUGUCCCCCUGGAUGUGGAGCAGAGCAGGCCUGGCCGCCAGGUCAAGUGCAAAGAAAGAGGCUCACACUGGGGUCUCCUUGGCCUGCAGCUUCAUUGGGAGGGCUGGAAGGCCCCAGAGCACGGCUGUGUCAGAAGCAUGGGGACAGAGUCCAGUGCUGCUCAGUGCUGCGGGGGCUGAGGCUGCCAGGCCCAUCUGUGUCCCCACAAGUCCUGCUAUGUCUCCAGUUCCUUACUGCUCCGCCAUGAAAAGUAAACGUGUCUGCCACCUUUA